AUGUCGUCAGAUCAUCGUGGAUACCAUCUUCACCACCUUCACCACAAUCUCCAAUUACCCUUACAAUCAGUCAGCCAUCAGUUCAUUAAAUUAUUCAUCUUGCUGCUUCUCGCAUCAAUAAAUUACGCUGACUACAACAAAACUAUUAUUACAUCUUCAACUACUGCUGGUUCUACAACAGCAGCAGUAACUAAUAAUAAUAAUAAUAAUAAUCCAUCUUGGAAUUCAAACAAAACCCAAUUAAUCACCAAGAACUUAGACUUAACAGACAAUUAUUACUAUAAAGCAGCUGAGAAUUCAAUAACAAUCCUUAAACGAGUUAUUAAAGACUCUUCAAAUGUCGUAAGGUAUGACAACAAUCUCCAAUCUACACUCAAGUUCACUACUAUAACUUCGACCUCAACCCCAACCCCAUCUCUAACUCAAGCUCAAGCUAUAUCAGAAUGCACGUCUAUUGAUUGCGGAUAUGAUAAAUCAGCUCCAACUCAAUCUUCAACUCAAUUUCCAUCGCCAACUUCAACUCCAAGUGAGACAAAUAAUUUAACUCUUGACUCAAAAGUACUCUCGACAAGUGAAACCGUAACAUAUAAUGACCCGGCGACAACAAAAUCCAGAUAUAAAAAUAAAAAAAAAGUAAAGUUAUCAACAAGUUUGAAUUUAGCGAGUGACAUAGCUCGUGGCUAUCGUGACAAUGUGGGUGUUGAUGAUAAAAAUGAUACAGGGUUAGAAGGAAAUAAAAGUUUUAAUGGAAGUAGUGAUAAAUUAGAGGUGACUAUUUUAGGGCUAUUUGAACUCUCACGUGGAAAUGAAGCACGUCCGGAGGGAUUCAGUGAAUUCCAGGCUGCUAAGCUGGCUAUCGAUCGCAUUAAUCAGAUGGAAAUGUUGGACAAAUUUCGACUGAAGCUCAUUCACAACGAUACUAAGUGUGAUCCUGGUGUAGCAGUUGAUCGUUUUUUCUACGCACUGUACACAGAAAAAAAGUCAACAUUGAUGCCAUUUCUGUUAGGAACAGCGUGCUCUGAAGUAACAGAAACUCUGGCUAAAAUAGUACCAUACUGGAAUAUCGUCCAAGUGUCUUAUGGUUCAAUAGGACCCGCACUUUCAGAUCAAUUUGAAUUUCCUCUAUUUUUGCGAACUGUCGCACCAGACUCUAGUCACAACCCAGCGCGGAUUGCUCUCAUCAAAUACUUUGGAUGGGAUACUGUAACAGCUUUAUCACAAAAUGGAGACAUGUAUUCGCUGGCAGUUAACGAUCUUGUAACUGAAUUAGAACAGGCUAAUAUAACAUGUACAGCAACGAUAACUUUUGGCGAAAAUGAUUAUAAAGAACAAUUAAAAUUACUGAAGGACUUGGACACGAGAAUAAUUAUUGGAAGUUUUUCACCAAAACUCGCACCUCUACUAUUUUGUGAAGCAUACAAAUUAGGAAUGCACGCUGGUGACUAUGCAUGGAUCCUACCAGGGGAAACAAUCGACUUAUCUGGAAUGACUGUAGAUUGGUGGCAUUCGCCAGGGUCAGGUGAUUGUUCACCCUCGCAACUUACGCAGACUCUCAAUGGUCUCAUUAUUGUUAAUAGCUAUGGCACAGUUUUAACUCAAGAACUGAGCUCUUCCGGUCUGACGAGUGCUGACUUUACAUCACAGCUAGCUAAAAGAGGUGUCACUAUGUCAAGAUUUGCUGCCCAAACAUACGACGCCGUUUGGUCGAUAGCAGUAUCGCUCUCAAAUACGGAAUUAAUAUUAAAUGAACGUAACACAAGCAUAGCUGAGUACACACACGCACGCAAAGACAUCGCUUAUGAGUUGCUGGCAGAAUUGAAAAAUCAAAAUUUUCUCGGCGUUUCGGGUCCUGUUUCUUUCGAUGGCGCUGAUCGUGUUGGCAUUACAGCAUUUUAUCAAAUGCAUAGUCACACGAUAAAAAGAAUAGCCAUAUACACGCCAGAAGAUGAUAAUUUAACUCUAGACUGUCCGGGAUGUGCCAAAGUGCGUUGGCCAGGCGGGCACCCGCCAGUCGCGCGUCGAGUAUUUCGCAUUCGGAUGAUGACAAUAGACACCGCAGCAUUUUUAACAGUUUCAUGUCUAGCAAGCGUCGGAAUGACUUUAGCGCUGUCAUUUCUCGCCUUCAAUCUUCAUUUUCGCCGACACAAGAGCAUUAAACUUUCAAGUCCGAGGCUCAAUAAUAUGGCAGCAGUAGGAUGUGUUUUAGUUUAUGGAGCCGUUAUUCUUCUUGGUCUAGACCAUGCCACCCUACCUAAUGACUAUUUUCCAACCAUAUGUACGGCCCGCGUCUAUUUAUUAUCUGCUGGUUUCUCACUAGCAUUUGGCUCAAUGUUUACGAAAACUUAUCGCGUUCAUCGGAUAUUUACCCGAAGUCGCAGUGGAGUUGUUAAGAACAAGUUACUGCAAGACACCCAACUAAUUAGUUUAAUAUGUGUGCUUUUACUGAUCGAUGGACUUGUGGUAACUCUGUGGGUGACAUUGGAUCCGAUGGAACGAUAUCUUCGUAACCUCACGUUAGAGAUAAGCCCUCAAGAUCGUGGGGUUGUCUAUCAACCACAGGUUGAAGUAUGUCGAUCACAGCACACUAAUGGCUGGUUGGCCUCUUUGUACGCUUACAAAGGCCUUUUACUUGUAGUUGGUGUCUAUAUGGCUUGGGAAACACGACAUGUAAAAAUACCGGCGCUCAAUGACUCGCAAUACAUCGGUAUGAGUGUUUACUCGGUGGUUAUAACGUCAGGAAUAGUCGUAGUCCUUGCAAAUUUAAUGUCCGACCGUGCGACUUUAGCGUUUGUUACGAUCACUGCCCUAAUUCUCGCCUCGACGACAUCAACACUUGUACUACUGUUCCUACCCCAAUUAGCAAAUAUUUUGGGUGGCGAAAGAACUGAUCCAGUUGUACAGAGCUUAGGAUUAAAAAUUGAAUGUAAUACUAGAAGAUUUGUUACUGAUGAUCGAAGAGAGCUGCAGUACAGAGUAGAAGUGCAGAAUCGUGUGUACCGUCGUGAAAUGGCACAAUUGGAAUUGGAGUUAGCGAGACUGGAAAAACAAUUAGGCCAAGAACAGAUAGAUCCCUCUCACGCCUCGUCUAGUACAUCUAUACCCCAACGAAAUCCGAGUAUCGGGGGUGGAUUACCUUUGUUAUUGUUAAGUGUGCUUCCGCCAGUUAUUCCGCGGGCCAGUUGGCCAUCCGCGGAUUCUUCUGGCAUGCGUCGCGGAACCGUAGCAUUUAGCAGCCAGCCGGAUUUGGAGCCAGGUGGACCUAGAAGAAGCUUGGCUGAUAUUUACAAGCUUCAAUGGAGACGAGAAACUGAAGGACCUAAUCGAUUGGGAGUUUUUCAAAGAUUGUUUAGCCUCUUUGGCAGCCGACCUAAUAGCAGGAAAACUUCAACUGCUUCAUUUACUGGUGUAGCUUCAGCAUUGAAAGUGCACAUGGGUUACAUAGCCGGCCUAGUACCUGGCACAAAAGCCUCAUCAACCUGCCAGAUGAACAUACCCCAGGGUCUACGAACUCCCCAUCCUCACUGUGGAUCUGGGCCCAUUAUCAACAUAACUAGUGAUGAGGAGAGACGUUUAAGUUUAGGGUUGAGACGUAAAGAAAGCAGCGAGCCACGUGUUAAUUUCAGCUUACCUUCAAAAGCGAAUACAAGUCAGUCAUCAUCAAGAGAAAAAAUUCGUGGUUCGCCACGAUUUCCACACCGCAUAAUGCCCGCCACAAGUUUAAAUACUAUUUCCGUAGAUAUUAAUGCAUCUGAACCAAUGCGUUGGCAUUCAAUGGAAGAUGCAUCACGUUCGAAAAAUCUAACAAAUAUAGGACGUGAUAACAAUUACGCGGUUAAUUACGAUGUAUGGGCAACACAUGAAGUUGGUAUUCCCUUAAGUGAAUUGGCAAACAGUGCAAGAGGACAACGACAACCUUACAAUGAUACAACAAAUCAACAAUCGCUAAUUAUCCCUGCGGAUUCAGAUGUCAGUGCUGAUGAUUUACUAGCUUGUGAUUUUAGCAAACUCUUUAGGGAUGAUACUACACCAACACAAUCUAAUUAUUGUGAUGUAGAGACUGUUGUUGUUGAUAUUGAAAAUACUGAUAAAUGUUCUGGAUGUAAUGAUAGUGAUAUUAAGAAUGGGGAUGAAAAUCGAGAUGAAAGGGAAAAAAAUAAUGAUGCUGCCGUUAAAUCAGGACAUUGUGAUUUAUCUAUAGAUCGCAAUGACGAUACACAAUAA